AGAAGAAGAAAAGAUGAAGCCGUGGCUCCUCCCAUUGCAUUGAUUCCACGGCGGACUCACCUGUGGCGUGGAUGCCACCUGAGGAGUGUCCUUAUUAGAAAGAUGGGCGCCAGUAAAUCCAGUCUGGUGGACGAAGCCAGGAGUAAAUAUAUUACCGACCAGGCCAAGGCAGAGCUGAAGGAGUUCAGUCCGUACUACAGGAAGCAGUUCUCGGUGGAGUGGUUUUCACAGCUGCAGUAUGAGCUGCAACAGCAAAAGGAACACAUGGUGCAUCUGCUGCAACAACGGGAGUCUCCUGCAGGAAGUGAGGUGCUGUAUGAAAAACAGUUGAAUUUUUUUGACGAGAGCAGAAAAUGGAAGGAGAGGUACAUAGUAGUGAGGGCCAACUACUGCUUGGAGUGUUAUGAAAGCAUCGAGACUUUUCUCAAAGGAAGUCCUCCAUAUCAUACCCUGCUACCAAUAGGAGGAAAUGUACUAACCAAUGAGGGAAAGUACAUGGAUGCAGUGGAUGACUGCUUCCCCAAAGAUGACUUUACUGAUUUGAAGGAAGAGUUUUGUCCUCUUCUGUCUGGGAUGCCUGGACCGUUUCCCGUCUACCUCCGCCUGCCGUACAGGAGAGAUUCUUAUUUCUGCUUUAACCAGCAGGACAAACAACUUCAGUUCAUAAGCAUCCUGUCUGAAUGCAUCAGACACCAGAACCGAGAUUUCCUCAAUAAGAAGACGUGUGAGGUCCAGGCCUUCCUCAAAGCCAUCCAGCUCUACAGACAGGACAAAGGCAAAUAUGAAGCUUGGGAAAUGCUGAUUGGCAGCGAUGUCAGGGUGUUGGCCAACCUCGUGAUGGAGAAGCUGCUGCCGUCUUUGGAAAAAGAAAUGCUUCCACACCUCAAAGCCAAGAAGACGGAGAAGAAGAGAGUUUGGUUUGCGACGGUGGAGGCAGCAUACAUUUUGGUCCUGGAACAUCUACUGGCUGGAUUCACAGCCUUGAAGGAAGAAUGUCGGAAGUGUGUGGAGAAACAAGAGGUCGUCGUCCACUCGGAUAUGGACCACAUCCUCAACUCCAGGCAGCAGCUGCAGGAAAAAGUCAGAGCUAAAGUAUGGGCGGAAGCAGAGAAGGAGUUUGCUGAGAGCAUCCAGCCGCACCUCGGAGCCGUCCUGGAGGAACUCAUGGAGCCGAUCAGCUCUGCUUUCCUGGAAGGACGUCAGCUCAGCGAGAGCCUGAUGGACAACUUGUACGAUGAAGUUAAGCAAGGCAAAGACAUCCAGGAACUCAAACAGAGUCUGGCUGCCAUGGCAAGACCUGAACUACAAAGUUGCUACCAAAGGAUUGACUCCCUGCAGGGAAAGAAUCUGUUUGGCUUCUCAAACAUCACUGGAGUCAUUCAUAAUACUCAGAUCCACCUGCAGCAGCUGGUUGAAAAUUCAACGUUUACGUUUGGUCAGCUGGUCUUCGAGGACCUCCGGGAUGACAAUGAAGAAGCACUCUCUCUGAUAGAAAAGGCCAAACACAGAGUUCUCAAGCAAUACGACUACGACAGCAGCACCGUCAGGAAGAAAACCUUCCAACAAGCUUUGGUGUCCUUCACGCUGCCCGUCGUCAAGAAGAUGCUGGCCGACACCUGCAAACCUGAACUUGAGGUCCUUCAAAGUUCCGUGGACACGGACUACUCCAACUUCAUCCACGUGGACAACAUCUAUGAGGACGUCCUCCGCCAAAUGCUGGACAAGGAAGUCACCAAAGUGGUGUGGGAGGCAGCCAGCCUGCAGAGGUACAACUUGUGUAAGGACACACCACACCUGCUGGGACAUUCCAGCCUGUCCUCACUCACCGUCUCCACACCACCAAGUCCUGGACAAGACUUCAAUUCCACCCACACCAGCGAGGGCCGGCUUCCCCUUUCACUCCACGGCCCCAAAAAGCAAGACGGUGCUGAGGACGUGACGACCCAGAAGCCUGGUGACGGAGGUCAGGUGGACUCUGCCAGUCCGGGUGUGACACAGCAGCCCGUGGGAAUGUCCACAGCGGAUGAGGGUGGAAGACUGCAGACACACAAAGACGCACAACUCCACGGUCCACCUUUAACCUCUUCACCAACCAAGAAGUCAGCUGGUCAAACAUCUCAACACAGCCACACCUUCCACCAGCCCGCUUCACACUCCCACAACCACGUGGUGGUAAACACCUUGAAGAGUCCCACACCUCAAGUACGCACUGAAACUACCACCUGUCUCAUCCACACUCAUGCUGAAUCUGCUGAAUCUGCUGAAACUGCUGAAUCAGCUGAAUCAGCUGACUCAGUUCAAGGUGCAGAAGUUGGUGAAGCUGCUAAAAGUGCUGAGUCUGCUAAAGAUGCUGAAGAUCCCAAAGCCGCUGAAAUUGCUAAAGUCGCUAGAACUGCUCAAGCCGCUGAAUCGGCGGAAGUUGCUGAAUCUUCUAAGUUGUCUGAAACUGCCACAGUCGGUGAAUGGGCUCAAGGUGCUGAAGAUGCCGAGGCGUCUAAAACUGCACAAGUUGUCAAAGCCGCUGAAUCGGCUCAAGCUUCUCAAAUAGCUGAAACGGCCAAAACUGCUGAAUCAGCUCCCAGUAUGGAAGAUGCUGAGGCUCUUAGAACGGCUGAAGCUGCUAAGACGGCUGCAUCUGUGGAAGCUGCUCUACCUGCUGAAGCUGCAAAAACUGCUGAAGCUGCAAAAACUGCUGAAGCUGCAAAAACUGCUGAAGCUGCAAAAACUGCUGAAGCUGCAAAAUCUGCUGAAGUUGCUAAAACGGCUGCAUCUGUGGAAGCUGCUCUACCUACUGAAGCUUCUAAAAUUGGCAAAGCUGCUGAAGUUGCAAAAACUGCUGAAGUAGCUAAAACCGCUGCAUCUGUGGAAGCUGCUCAACCUGCUGAAGCUUCUAAAAUUGCUGAAGCUGCUGGAGUUGCUAAAACGGCUGCAUCUGUGGAAGCUACUGGUGCCGCUGAAGUUGCUCAAGCUGCUCAAGCUUCUAAAACUGCUGGAGUUGCUAAAACGGCUGCAUCUGUGGAAGUUGCUAAAACUGCCGAAGUUGCAAAAUUUGCUGAAGUUGCUAAAACGGCUGCAUCUGUGGAAGCUGCUCAACCUGCUCAAGCUUCUAAAACUGCUGGAGUUGCUAAAACUGCUGGAGUUGCUAAAACUGCUGGAGUUGCUAAAACGGCUGCAUCUGUGGAAGUUGCUAAAACUGCCGGAGUUGCUAAAACUGCCGAAGUUGCAAAAUUUGCUGAAGUUGCUAAAACGGCUGCAUCUGUGGAAGCUGCUCAACCUGCUGAAGCUUCUAAAACUGCUGAAGCUGCUGGAGUUGCUAAAACUGCUGGAGUUGCUAAAGCUGAUGAAGUUGCUGAACCUGCUGAAGCUUCUAAAAGUGCCAAAGUUGCUAAAGCUGCUGAAGUUGCCGAAGCGUGUAAAACUGCUGAAGCUGCUGCGGGCCUAAAGAUGGUUACGGUGGUGAAGCAGUGAGGCCUUCUAGAAGGAGAGAGAAGCUGCUCCUGACUCCCAACUAGCGAUGUAUGUAUCAUCUUACUUUCUUGUGUGCUGCUACCAAAUCAAAUGCUUUUUCCAUUCUAAACAUCCCCGUGAGGAUAUUUCCCAUAAAAAGAUAAAUAAAACAUAUUUAUACACAAU